GCACUGUCAUGUUCACUCAACACCGUUGGUUGUUCAGAGGUUAUUCGUGAUCUAAUGCUGGGUUUCAAUGUCGUCAUGGUGGAUUCACUCAACGAUGUUCGUAUUAUUGGUGUGAUCACUGUGACAAUCCUUCUGCUCAUUACACUGGCUGGAAUGGAGUGGGAGUCCAAGACCCAAAUGAUGUUUUUUUUCUUUCUAAUGCUCUCCCUUGUAAACUACUUUGCGGGUACAUUUCUCCCUCCUACACCUGAGAAACAAGCAAUUGGAUACUUUGGAUACAGAAGUGAUAUUUUGAUAGAAAACCUGACUCCAAGCUGGAGAGGUCCCCAAGGAAAUUUUUUCAGAAUGUUUUCCGUUUUCUUUCCUGCUGCUACUGGCAUUCUAUCUGGAGUCAACAUCUGUGGAGAUCUGAAAGAUCCCACUUCCGCUCUCCCAAAAGGCACCCUGAUGGCCAUUUUCUGGACAACAGUCAGCUACGUGGGAAUAGUAAUAACUUCUGCUGGGUGUGUUGUACGGGAUGCUUCUGGGAACAAAAGUGACAUCAUUACUGGAAACAGCACUGGUGGUUGUGUGGGACUGGCAUGUAAUAUGGGCUGGAACUUCACAGACUGCAUCCAGUCCCAGUCCUGUAAAUAUGGUCUGGCCAACAACGUGAAUGUAAUGGGGCAGAUUUCUGGUUAUUACUACUUCAUCAGUGCUGGUAUCUUUGCAGCCAGCUUGUCUUCUGCUCUUGGAUUCAUGGUCUCUGCACCAAAAAUUUUUCAGUGUCUGUGCAAGGACAAAAUAUACCCGUACAUUUUUUUCUUUGCAAAGGGUUAUGGGAAAAAUAAUGAACCCCUCCGAGCAUAUUGUCUCUGUUAUAUCAUUGCUGUGAUCUUCAUUGUCAUCGCUGAGUUGAACACCAUUGCAGCUCUGAUUUCAAACUUCUUCCUGUGCUCCUAUGGCCUUAUAAACUUCAGUUGCUUUCAUGCUUCUAUCACAAAUUCCCCUGGGUGGAGGCCAUCUUUCCACUACUACAGCAAAUGGGCAUCACUGUAUGGGACAGUGGUCUCAGUGGCUCUGAUGUUUCUGUUCACUUGGUGGGCUGCCCUCGUCACCUUCGCUAUAAUCAUUUCCCUCUACGCAUAUGUCAGCUACACCAAACCCAAUUUGAAUUGGGGUUCGUCAGUCCAAGCGGGAACAUACAGUAUGGCCUUAGCAUCCUCUAUCUCUCUGACGGGUGUAAAGGAUCACGUCAAGAAUUACAGGCCACAGUGCCUUGUCCUGACUGGACCCCCAAACCAGCGACCUGCUUUGGUGGACUUUGUUGGCUCCUUCACUAAACGCAUCAGUCUCAUGAUCUGUGGAGACAUCAUAUUGGAGCAGGACAAGACAACAAGGUCUGAUGAUCCUACAGAGAGCAUGGUAAACUGGCUGAACACGAGGAAGGUGCGGUCGUUUUAUGCUCCACUUUCUGCUGAAAGUCUCAGAGCGGGAGCUAAAAACUUGUUACAGGCGUCUGGUCUUGGCAAAUUGAAACCCAACACCUUGGUUCUGGGCUUUAAGGGAAACUGGGGGGAGAGUACUCCUGAAAGCAUUGAGGAUUAUAUCAACACCAUUUAUGACACAUUUGAUUCAAACUACAAUUUGUGCAUCUUGAGGAUGACAGGUGGACUGGAUAUCGCUGAUGACUUAGAAUGUGAAGUUAACCAAGGUUUUGAGCCUGAUGAAACUGUGGAAAACCAGGAGCAGUCAAACAAUGAUGAGGACGCAGCUGAUGACAUGUCUGAUGAAGGGGACCUUGAUCAGACCACGACAGUGUUUCAAAGUGACCAGGGCAAGAAGACCAUCGACGUCUAUUGGAUCGCAGAUGAUGGAGGAGAAAACGCUGGCACAGAUGUAAAGUCAGAGUAUUCAUUGUGGGAGAUGAAGAGAACAUGGAGGAGAGCCGGAAUGAGAUGACCACUCUGCUGCAGAGGUUCCGUCUGGACGUGAGUGACGUUAUAGUCAUGACAGACAUUGAGAAA